AUGGGUGUGCUGAGUGGCUCAAUUAGACGCGUGGCAUGUGCAAUAUCUGGUGGCGUCGACAGUGCUGUUUCAGCAUACCUGUUGAAGCGCAAAGGCUUUGAGGUCAUUGGUGUUUUCAUGACAAAUUGGGACCAACAGGAUGAGUCUCUCAAAUGUUCCAUCGAUGCUGAUAGAGAAGAUGCUCAGUUUGUCUGUCGUAAACUUGGAAUCGAAUUUAUAGAGCUUAAUUUUGUGAAAGAAUAUUGGAAUAACGUAUUUGUGUAUGUCAUCGUACAUUUAAAAGAUGAAUGUAGUAAAACCGUUGAUUCCUAUCUUGAAGGGAAGACACCGAAUCCUGACAUACUCUGUAACCGUUAUGUAAAGUUUCAGAAGCUUGCAGAGCACGCAUUGAGGUAUUCGCCCAAAUGUCACCCUUCCAUAUAUGCGGAUGCUUUGGCCACAGGUCAUUAUGCUCAAAACUCAUUUGGGAAUUUCCUUGAAAACCGGGAGAUACAUUCUUCACCGCCUAAACUGUUGAGAUCGGUUGAUCCUGUAAAAGAUCAAACAUUUUGGCUUUGUAAUGUAUCAUGGAAGCAUUUGCAGUUUUGUAUGUUUCCUGUGGGAAGCCUCCUGAAGGCAAGAGUGAAGGAGAUCGCCGCAUCCGUUGGUCUUGAGCGAAUUGCCAAAAGGAAAGAGGUGGUUUACUGUCCUUAUCUUAGACCUACUAGAUCACUGUUAUGUUUUACAAAAAAAUAA